AUGGCUUGUUCACAAGAACCAACUACACCCAAGAACGGUUCUGCGACGGCCUCGAAACCACAGUUCAAAGUGUCGAAACAAGCCGACGUCCGACACACGAGUGAUGCCCACGUCCUCCCUGUGCAAGAAGCUUCGAAUGCAGACGUGCCGAGCUGCAGAGGUCUUUCAGAAAGCACAAAAGCCUUGGCUAGACAGCUGUUGAACCUGGAACAAGGCUCAGGCCACGACUACGAUCCUGAUGUGUUUCCCGCCUCCACGAGAUGGCUUAUGAAUUCGGUCAAUGAGACUGAAAGGGCACUGGCAAGCUCGCAACAAACGUCUUUUCUCACCGAGACUGCGGUACGCAAACACAACAAGAAGUGCAUCUUCUUGGAGAAAGACAGUGAUGAUGAGAACGAUGCCAAAGAUACACCCGAGGACAAACCAGAGGGCAAACCAAAGGAGCGUCAAGCCCGUCGAAUCGAUGCCUGGGUGUCAGAACAAAUUGAAGGCAGCGAUGCGACUCCUUGA